AUGUCUUCAAAUGUAUUGGAUGAAAUUGUUAUGGAAGAAGUGGCAUUGAAUUGUCCUCAACAAUUUAUUACAUACCACAAAUGCUUAUCUUCUAAUGAAGAUUGCAAUGCAUCUCGUAAAGAAUUAUCGAAUUGUAUUGAAAACAAAGUACCUAGUAUACAAAAGAUUAUGACCAAUUGUCAAACACUUUUAAACAAUUAUAACAAUUGUAUUAGAAAGAAUUGGGAAAAGGGUGAGAGUGAUACGAGUAUAGAUCAGUUGUGUUCUAAGGAAUUGGAUUCAUUAAGGGAAUGCUCUUCGAAUCAAUUGAAAGGUACGAAACCAAUCUUGAGUAAUUUGAAGUUUCCACCUGCUAAUUAA